AUGUUUUCGAAAAGGCCGGACAAGCUGACUACCGGGCUCAUCAACAUGACCACUGACUGCUUUGCGAAUGUUUGUGUGCAGGCUCUCGCGUCUCUUCCGGGACUCAAUGAGUACCUGAAUGCCAUGACUGAAUUUCGGAACUCUCUCAUUGAGCAAAACUCCAAGCUGCCCUCUUUUGAGCUCCACCAGGCGCUCAUUCAUCUUCUGUCCAAACUCCAAGAAACCGUUUACCGUCCCCGUGUGCUAUCAGUGUGGGACUUUUUGCAUGUUAUUGAGAAAAUCUACAACAGCAAGAUAUCUGUAAGCCAGCACGACGCGCACGAGCUCUUGCAGCUGAUAUUGGAGACGUUAGAGAAAGAGCAUGUUCAGUUAAGAAAGACGGCCCCGAAUGUUCCGGAGUUCCCAUUCAAGGGCGAGGUUUCCUCACAGCUGCGUUGCAUGAGGUGCGGUAAGAAGAGCUCGACCAACUACAAUCCGAUGAUGAUUCUGUCUCUCCCUGUUCCACAGGAGUCGUCGAUUGACUUGGAGAGCAUGCUCAGAGGAAGCGAGAGUGACAUUAUUGAUGACUACUCGUGCACAAGGUGCAAAAUUAAUUAUAUUCUCAGCACUGCGAAGCAGAGCAGCCCUACGUUGAACAAACUUAAGAGAAAACUCAAUGACGAGCUGCUGAUAAAUGACGACCUGGAGCCUGAGCUGGACGAGUUUGUGCAGAGCUACGAGGGCGUCAAGUCCCCUAGCGUGAAGUCGACGGUACACAAGGAAACCUCAAUCAUUCUGCCUCCAAAGCUGCUGGCUGUCCAUCUUUCGAGAUCCAUAUAUGACACGCAGGCCAGACGCAACCAAUGCAACGUGGAAUUCAAAGAGUUUCUGAAGUUAAACGUGGAUACUGCAGAGAUGGAGAGGUUCAAGAGUAUGGACCAGGACCAAGACGAUUCGACAGAUGAGGAGCCGUCGCAGCUCACAAGGGCGAUCUCGUCGAUCCUGGAGGAGAAGCCGGGCAGCGAGUUUUUGGAGGAGUCAGAAGUGCACUCUGAUGCAGAAGACGAGAAACAAGACGACCAAGACGACGACGAUGACGAGGAGCUGGAAGACGACGAGGACGACGACGACUUGGCGACCAAGAUGGAGGGCCACAAUAUCAGUCCGGCCCCGGACGGCGGCAUCAAGACUAUCACGUAUAAACUGAAUGCCGUGGUGCGGCACCAGGGGUCUCACUCGCUAGGACACUACGAAUGCUAUCGGCGAAAACCUGUGUUUUACAAGAACGCCGUGACGGGCGAGUACUACCAUAAGUUCCCAAAGCUGGAGGGCGUGGAAGACAACGCGAAGGAGAACGAGGAGGAGGGCACCACAGACAUCAAGAGACAAAGUUCAAUGUCGAAACUACGCUCGAGAGUGUCGUCGCUGGUGGGGGCCACCAGGCCAAGGUCGCCGUCGGUGUUUGAGAACGCGCAGCCAGUGGUUGCGCACGACAAGAAGCUUGCCAGCUCGGUGAAAACGCCGUUUUGGCGUAUCAGCGACUCGAAGAUUACCGAGUGUUCUGUUUCUGAGGUUAUGGACGACUCUCGGGCCGUGUACAUGCUAUUUUACGAGAGGAUCGAUUGA